ACUCCCGGCGGUCCAUGAAGGCAGCGGCAGCCCUCUCCUCCGCCUGUCCAUCCAUCGUUCACCGGUCUGUGUAGCGGACCGAAGCCUCUUUCUCCUCUUUCUUCCUCUCAACGUGCAUCGCUCGAGACGCAGAAGUUUCUUCGCCGUUGGCUCGUCUCGGAAUCGCUCCGCUCCGUUAUCACCGGCGGUUCUCCUUCCCGGUUUUAAUCCUCAUCCCUGUACUUUCUGUAUUUCCCCCCUACUACCCCCUGACUCGAGGACCCGGUCUGGUUGAACACUGGGCGUAGCUGGAGAGGAUUUCUCACUAGCUUUGCCGCUACACUGACGGACCAAAUUUUGCUGUCUCCCAAAAGCCUCUAGAGUUGUGGCCAUCCUGUGAGAUUUAAGUCAGUCAGCCCUGCCCUGCAGAGACGGACCACUACCAUUCAAGGGGAGAUGAAGCCGGAUGGGGUUCCCAUAGCAGCGAUGGAGCCAAUGGAAACAUUGGAGUCCAAUCCUGCAAAUGAGGCAGCACCAGCUGCAGGACAGGAGCCCAACCAGGCAGCCAGUCCAGUGGAGGGUGAGAUACCACAGCAGCCGGCAGGUGAGAUGGGUCAGGCAGAACCACACUCAGACCAGUCCAAGGAAACUGCAGCUGCCAAGACCAGCAACAAGACCUCAGGAGACCCCAAAGCCAAGACGACCAACAAGGCCCCAGCCAAGACAAAGCCCGGCGCCACCAACCCAACGAAGACCACACCCGGCUCACGGCCCAACACAUCUCAGAGCCGCCUCUCAAACGGCGUGUCUAAACCUCAGACCAACGGUGUGGCGAAGAAGACCACACCUGCUGCAGAAAAGAAGAGCACCCCGACCUCAGCUCCAUCCAAAAAACCAACCGGGACCGCUGGGGCCCCAGCCUCCAAGACGGCCACCAAAGUGGGUGAGAAGAAAGCCACAGGGACCGGCCCUAAUACCAACAGCGCAAAGUCAGCGACCGGAACGGCAGCCAAAAAGACACCUUCCACAACCGCUAAUGGUGUCAAGUCCAACACCAUGGCAGCUGCUGCUAAAAAGCCCGCAGCCCCAAAACCUGCUUCUGCAACACCCACCAAACCGAGCUCUGCUGCCUCACCCAAACCUGAUAAGCCCCCAGUUUCCAAGACAACCAGGACCCCAACCACCACGGGAGCAUCAUCUCGUCCUGCCACAGGCUCGACUCGGCCACCCACUGCCAGCACAGCCAAGAGCUCCACAGCUACAGCCAAACCUGCCACCCCUAAAACACCCUCCACCACUGCCAAGCCUGCCGCCCCCAAAUCCACCUCCACUACCCCCUCUGGUGGCAAAGCUCCAGGAUCGCAGACAUCCAAAAACGCAACCCCUGUCAAAAAAGAUGUCACCAAACCAGCCACCCCAGCAUCCAAAAAGCCUGCAGUCCCCCUCACUCGUCCUUCCUCUACAACAAAGUCAAAACCCGAGACUCCCAAGUCGGCUGCAAAAUCAGACGUCGCCACCAAAAAGCCUGCUGCUAGUAAGGCUGCAGACACAAAGACGCCCAUCCGCAAAGAGAGUAAGCCCACUCCUUCCAAGGCUCCCUCCAAAGCGCCUGCAACCAAGACUUCCAGCCCGAAGAAAACUGUGGGAAGCAGCACCCCAACGCCUGUGAAACGUGGUCCUAAACCCACGGCAGCUGCUGAACCUGCAAAGGAGAUAGCUGCAGCAGUAGCCGCGGCUGCAGCUAUAGCAACUGCUGCAGCUGUGGUUGCCGGGCCAGAGAAGGCAGAACCUCCAGCAGAAGUAGCUUUGGAGCCACCUGCUGUACAAGUAUUAGAGCCCACACCAGAACCUGUCCGAGAACCAACACCAGAACCUAUACGGGAACCGACACCAGAACCUGUCCGAGAACCAACACCAGAACCUAUACGGGAACCGACACCAGAACCUGUCCGAGAACCAACACCAGAACCUAUACGGGAACCGACACCAGAACCCGUACGUGAACCGACACCAGAACCCGUACGUGAACCGACACCAGAACCCGUACGGGAGCCAGAACCCGUACGGGAGCCAACACCAGAACCCGUACGUGAACCCACACCAGAACCUAUACAACAACUAAGUUUCAACCAAGAAGCAUCUCCAGAACCCCCAGUAGAACAUCUCCAAGCUGAACAGGUCCAGGAACCAGCCUCCAGUGUACACUUGGACCCUUUCAAAUUUGAAGAGUCUGCCAACGACUCGGUUCCUUCACUGGGAACCACUGUCAUGUCUCCUCCUUGCUCCCCACCGGGCCCUGCUUCUCCUGUCAGAGAACCACAGAAUGCCUCGUCUCUGAUGGACAUGCAUGUCCAGCCUGAUCUCUGGGACAGGGACCAGGACCUGGUUCAGUCUGACAUGCCUCCCCAGAGUACAGUCAAUAUGAUGGGCUUCCAAAGAGAAGAGGAAAAGGAAAAAGACGAAAAGUUUGAGACACAGGAGUCACAGGAUGAGGAGGACCAGGAAGAAGAGAAGGAGAACCUGUUCAUGCCUGCCUCCACACCUCCAGGGACCUUCAAUGUUAUGGCGCAACCUCACUUUUUGGGUGCCUCUCCUCUGGAUGACUUCACUCCCAGAGAACUGAUCUCCCCUCAUGAAAAGGAGGAGGCAGUGGAAAAGGCCGAUGAGGAGAUCAAUGAGGAUGACGAUGAGGAGGAUGAUGAAGAUGAGGAACAGAGGAGACUGGGCCACCAGCCGUCGUCCAUGAUCACUGACUUGAGCUCGUCUCAGCCGUCUGAUGACUUCCAGGUCCGGUCCUUGACCUUUGGGGGCUCGACAGGUUGGCACGGCGACGACCUGCUGUCUGGGAUGGACUCUGAGGACGUGAGCAGCUGCACCAGCAGUCGGCAGCAGGGAGUGUCUGACCUCAGCAGCACCCAGCACACCGCGAUACUGGAGGGCACCCAGAGCUCAGACGCCCUGGUGGACACCAGCCUCCGUGGCUCUGAGGGUGAUGGUAAUCUAAUGGGUUCUCCCAACGUGGAAACCCUGGCUAAUGAAGAAGAGGAGGAUGACGAAGAUGAGAGGGUGGACGAUAUGGACCUGAGCUCUGAGAGAGUAGAGGAACCUCACAGAGCGUUCCAGGAGCAGGAACGAGAUGAAGAAGAGGACGAAGAUGUGGAGAUGCACAGUGAAGGCAUCACUGAGAGCUGUGAGAAUGCAGAUGAAGAUGACUUUAAUGAGGAGGAGCGCUUGGACAACCUCAACCGCUCUGGUCCUCCGCCUUGCGUCCCCCCUGCCUCCUCUUGGGGCCAGACCAACCCUUUCUCAGACACCUGGGCUCAGCCGGUCUCCCUGCUGUCCGUGUCCUCGCCCAGCCCAGUGUCGGACCACGGUGCUGCUGAAUCUGAGACACCCACCCAGUCUCCUGCCCAGGCCUGUUUGGAUGCCAGCGCUCCUUCCUUCGCUCCUCAGUCGGAGCAGCAUGAGUCAACACAUGAAGACAUGAAGGGCUCAGCUCCUGAAGACACUCACAACCUCCUCGCUCCCCCAGCUGUAGCUAUGUCCCAGUCCAGCACUCUGAGCGGCACAGCUCUGGCCGCCCACAGCAGCAGCGAGACGAGCACACCGGAGGAGCUCCGCGACUACGACAGCAGCUCUGGGGUCGAGUCCCGUUCAGACAAGCAGCAGACCCCAGUACCGGCUUCAGUCCAGCCCGACAUGGAGCAGGAUUUGGGGAUUCACUUGGAGAAGGGCGAUGGCGAAGAGGAGGAGGCUGAGACUCUCCCAGCUGACGAAGUCCUGGGAACCGGACCCCCAACUGCUCCGGCAUCUGCCCCUUCCUCCCCGUCAACAUCAGGAGACGAGGCCAGCGACACAGAGGGCGAGAUGCAGAUCAAUGACCCUGAUGCUCCGAUGAUGAUGGAUGAGAGCGCUGGGUUUGAAAGCCCUCCUCCUACCUGUAACCUGCCCGCUCUCGAGGAAGACGAGGAGGCCGGGGACCACGCCACCGGAGAGGGCGAAGAGGACGGAGGUGGAGCCACCCCUCAGUCAGCCAAUUCGGUGGCGUCCUACGGCUUUGACUGCACCACGUCCAACUCUAACGCCCACUCCAUGGCCGAGAGCUGUGGGAAAAGCCCGGGCAUCUUCUCCCUGGAGAACGAGGAGCAGCUUCCAGAGGAGGCCAAGGACCCCUCCCUCAUCAAGGAGCUGACCCUGCCUUCAGCUGCUGCUGCCGCACAGGUGGAGGACCUGCUGGGCAGACCCGUGGACCUGAUGCCUUUGGGCCACCCAGGAGACAGCCAUCCCAGCCUGGGCGAUCACCACUACAUGCUGGGGGGGAAGAUGGUGGCCGACGAGCUGGAGGACGUGGAUCCGCUGGAGCCCAGCCACCACCUCGGGGCCCAGGAUUCCGGAGAAACCGACGACAGCCAGCCGCCCUACUACUCUACCAUAUGUGAUAAGACUGAUAGUUUUCUGGCAGGUAACGUAUAAGUCCCUCCUCUUACCCCCGGAAUGCACCUUUUCCCUGCAACCCUCCCCCUUUACCUGUCGUUUGUUUUCUCUCCAGUUGGGUUAGAUGGCUUAGAAGAAAAAAAGGAGAGCAAGGUUGUAGGAAAAAGAUUUUAAAAAAUGAACGAAGGAUGGAAAAAAUGACUGUAGCAAUUUUUAAAUGAAGCCUCCCUCUUUCAUACUGUUAUGGUCAUGGUUCUGAGUGUACGGCUUAAACUCCUUUAUGUACAAUAGCUACUACCAUUUUCUAGUAGAAUGUUCUUUUUAAGUAACACUGCAUAUUCUGUAGCCCCUGAUGGGGUAUUGACUGAUUGGUCCAAAUGGGACUGAGCCUUUAAACUGAAAAAGAAAAAAAAACCAGAUGGAACGAAAUGGACUUAUUGUGUAUUUAUCCUACUGUUUUUACCGAACAAAUGUCAAUGAUUUUUUUUUUGUUUUGUAUUUGCUUAUUUGUUAUUUUUUUGUUCAUUUCUGUUGAAACCUGGUCCUCCCUACCCCGUGUACACAUGCUUCAUGUUCAACAGCACCAUAGCGAUAGUCACAUGCUCCUUUUUAAAGUUUGUGUUCUUGUUUCAAGACUUUUAGCUUUCAAAAUAAAGGCUAGGUAUUAACACGGCUGAUUUGCUGAGGUAGUGGGAGCGGGUUUGGGAGUGUUAGAUUGCAGUUGUUGACGUUUUUUAAUGUGUGCUUCAAGAGGUUCUACGCUCUUUGCAUAGGUUGUUAAGGUAUAUAACGUGCAGUCACGUACAGUAUGUGUUUCAGGCAUUUGGUUUUAAGUGGCUAAGCUUUGAGCCUCAGUUAGCUGAUCAUUUGUGUUCCGGAAGAGACUAACAAUUAGCCUAUUAUUUGUGAUGAGACCCUGCGUUAUCCUACAUCGCUAUCACAGUUGAGCUUUACACUCGCUGGAAUCUUUUCAUAGUGGGCCUUUUGGUUUGCUAUUUCAACCGUAUAUUGCAUGUUUAACUAACAAAAAGACUGUGUACUACCUGGAAUCUGAAACAGUUCUACACUAGACAUGUUCAUAAAUGAAUGGUUCACACUAGGUUAUCUUUCAAAAUUCCAUUAAAACAUCAUUGCAAGGCA